AUGGACUCCGAGCAAACUCGCCAUCACCGCAGGUCUAAAAGUUCUACUACCUUGAGACCAAAAUUAUAUAGCCCUGCUACCCACCAGGAUUCUGAGUGGCUCCUGCGAGCAGGACUGGCGUUAUCGUCUUCCACCCGUGAAGAAAAAGGACAGAGUUGGCUUGUGAAGCGAGAUAGCUCAACUAGUCUUGUAUCCGAGGAAGUUCCAGAUAAGGAGCGGCGACGCUACUCUCAUCUUUCACAUCGUAACUAUGGUCGGAGACAGCGAUCUGGACUAUCAACGCCCGUUGCUCUCUCACGGCGGGCCUCCAAUUCCAAUUCCCAUAUGGCCAGCAAAUUUGGCAGCCGAGCAGACCUUUCUAUGACAGCAGCCGGCCUCACUGAGCAAACCUCUGAAGAUCGCGCUUCAAUAUCCGAUGAUUCUGUGGGACUUGUCCCGGACUUUGUCGAUGAGAGCUUACACAGCGAAAUGGCCGCAAUGUCCCCCGGCCACAUUAGCCAGGUAAACACGCCAAGCCACGGAGGGGACCACAAUUUCGAUGACGGGGUAUAUCAGACCGUGUCGAGACGAAAUUCCGCAUUUGAUUCCUCAUAUUCGGUGUCAACCUCAGAAUUCUCGGAUUCUGAAACAGACGAUGAAGAGGAGGUGGAUGAAGCUGAAAUGAAACGUUUGACCCGUGAGCGUGGGUUGGGCCUUGGUAGAUGGAUAGAUCGUCUAGUCGAAUGGACUCUUUUUAGUGUAGAAGAUGAGAUCCCUGGUGUUACCGCCGAACCUUCUCGUCAACCUCGCCAGUUUGGUGAUAUUCAACACCAAAAUUCUGUUGAAGAACCAAGCAACAAUUCAUAA